AUGGUUAAGUACGAUAUCGCUAUGCGUACUCUUGUUAUUACAAUGAAAGCGCUUAGUAUAGUGCCUCUCACUAUCUCUGCUAUGACCGAUAUGCCUACCCGAACAAUCAAUACUAUUUGGGAUCGUGCUAUUGAGCGAGGAUUUGACCCUCUGUGGCGGCCUUUAGUAAUUACUGAUGCCUAUAUCGCUGGUACCUCUCGUUCUGGUCGCCCGAAGAAGCAAACGCCUAAGCUAGAAGCUACAGUUCUUGCUAAGGUUCGACGUGAUCGCUAUGGGCGUGAGAAAACCUGCGCUGAUAUUGCUGGCGAGCUAUCCAAUAUCUCGGCUAUGACUGUAUAG